AUGGCCGUUCCGUCUCUCACUUUCAGCAAUGGCAAAACAAUGCCUCAAAUUGGUCUUGGAACUUGGAUGUUGAAACCCGAUGAAGUUAGUAAUGCAGUAAAGUCUGCUAUUGACAUUGGUUAUCGUCAUAUCGAUACAGCACAAUUGUAUAAUAAUGAAAAAGAAAUCGGAGACGUCUUAGCAGAAGUACUCAGUGAUGGGGCAGUGAAGAGAGAAGAACUUUUUAUAGUCACUAAGUUGUCUUUCUUUAACAUGGCUCCACAAUGUGUACGAGCUAAUUUUCUGGAUUCUCUGAAGAAGUUGCGUUUGGAUUAUAUUGACUUAUACUUGAUUCACGCUCCUAUGGCAAUACAG